AUGCAACGUACUGAUUUUAAAAUAGUCUACGAGGCUUCGCACAUCAUUGAUGUUGGCCUUAAUAUCUACAAUCUCUACGCGCCCUGCGCUGGCGGUAUUCCACCGAAACGUUGUCGAAGUUCAAGUUCUUCUCGUCUUGAUCGACAAAGGGCCGAUCGUCAGAACCUCUUCCGCUCGAACCCCUUUGUGCGCCAGCAGCGUGAACAGGAAGAAAGGUGA